AUGGAAGAUAUUCCGACGAAUACGCUAGCUGAAAGGGGUCUUCAUACUUACUUGCAUAGGGCUCGGUCCAAGAUGUUACGUAAUGCAGUUUCUUAUGACCCUGCUAUUCAAGCGAGCAAAGACUGCUUGGUGCUGAACUUAACUACGUCUCAUGACUCAGCUGGAACACCUCCCAUCUCCACCACAACUUUUGCUAUUCGAAAGGAGCACCUAUCCACCUGUUAG